AUGGAGAUUGUUACACAUCUGAUUAAUGACACCAUAGAAUUCUACAAAUGGACCCUAACAAUCGCAGAUAAGCGAGUGGAGAAAUGGCCCCUGAUGGACAACCCGCUGCCCACGUUGGCCAUUAGUGCAUCCUACCUCCUGUUCCUCUGGUUAGGGCCCAAAUACAUGAAGGACAGGGAGCCUUUCCAACUGCGCAAAACUCUAAUUGUUUACAACUUCAGUAUGGUCUUUCUCAACUUCUUCAUUUUUAAAGAGUUGUUUAUGGCAGCCAGGGCGGCGAGCUACAGCUACAUUUGUCAACGGGUGGACUACUCAGAUGACCCCAAUGAAGUCAGAGUGGCGGGGGCACUGUGGUGGUAUUUUAUCUCCAAAGGCAUCGAGUACCUGGAUACAGUGUUUUUCAUCCUGAGGAAAAAAUUUAACCAGGUCACCUUUCUGCAUGUCUACCACCACUGCACCAUGUUCACGCUCUGGUGGAUCGGCAUCAAAUGGGUGGCGGGAGGACAGUCAUUUUUUGGCGCACACAUGAAUGCAGCAAUCCAUGUGUUGAUGUACCUCUAUUAUGGCCUGGCUUCCUGUGGUCCCAAGAUCCAAAAGUACCUGUGGUGGAAAAAGUACCUGACCAUCAUCCAAAUGAUCCAGUUCCACGUCACCAUUGGCCACACAGCUUUGUCGCUCUACGUCAACUGUGACUUCCCCCAUUGGAUGCACUACUCCCUCAUUUGCUAUGCCAUCACCUUCAUCGUUCUCUUCGGCAACUUCUACUACCAGACCUACCGCCGCCAGCAGCCCAGGCGCGACACUUCCUCCUCCAAAGGCGGUAAGGCUGUCUCCAACGGAGCCCUCAAUGGACUCAAGGCCACCAAUGGCGCCACGGUGGGGAACAACGAUAAACCCCAGGAAAACACUAGCAGGAGAAAGAGAAAAGGAAGAGCAAAAAGAGAUUAA